GGAUUGUUUCGAUGAAGCGAGGGGUGUUUUGUGGUGGGUCGCGUUGCCCGGUUGUUAUAGAUAUUAAUCAAACUCAAUAAAUAGUGAAGAAAUUAUUUAAUAGUGUAUAUUAUAUUUCAACGCAGGACUGUUGCACACAUGAAGAUGACGGCAGGAAACACCAAAGUUGUUCAAAUAACAAAUAUUGCGCCACAGGCAACAAGAGAUCAAAUGCAAACAUUAUUUGGAUAUUUAGGAAAGAUAGAAGAUAUUCGCCUGUAUCCUACAAUUCGUGAUGUUGCUGUUCCUGUACAGUCUCGCAUUUGCUAUGUGAAAUUCCAUGAUCCAGUUUGUGUUCAAGUUGCACAGCAUAUGACAAACACAGUGUUUAUAGACCGUGCACUUAUAGUUAUUCCAUUCCAGAAUGAAAUUCCAGAUGAACAGAAGGCACUGGAGCUAACAAAUCAAGGAACCAGUCUUUUUCCAACAGCAGAACCAAAACUUCCACCAAAUGUAACAAAUCAGCUGGAGGGUGUACCACCAAACCAAGUUAUUACCACGCAUGAUCCAAAACUGAUUGCCAAUGGUCUACCACCAUAUCCUCCUCUUCCGGCAACAUUAGACUCGAGGAAAAUAGAGGAGAUACGGAGAACAUUAAUUGUAACAAAUAUUGAACAGUCUUUAGGUGCGCAAGAUCUGAUGGAGUUUUUUUCCACUGCUGGCGAAGUGAAAUAUAUGAGAUUUGGUAACAGAGAAGGGGAUAUGGAGCGAUAUUUGCUUAUUGAAUUCACAGAUCAGGCUACCAUAAUUCCAGCACUGAAACUUAGUGGGAAAGAUGUAAAUGGAAGGCCGAUAAAAGUUUAUCACUCGACACAAGCUAUUGUGAAACCACAAGCUAAAAGUAAUGAGGCUGCACAGAAAGAAAUUGAGGAAGCAAUGACUAGAGUAAAAGAAGCCCAGAAUUUAAUUUCAGCUGCCAUUGACCCUGUCAUUGGUCUACUAGCAAAGGAAAAAAAACGAAGUCGCAGUGGAUCUAGAGGGCGACGAUCCAGGUCACUUUCCCGCGGAAGGAGGAGAUCAAGAUCCCGUAGUAGAAGAUCACGUUCAAGAUCAAGAAGACGAUCCCGCAAUAGGGGCAGAUCAAGAUCUAGGCGUUCACGCUCUAGAUCAUCGAAACAUUCACGCUCAAGGUCAAGGAAGAGGAAAUCCCGUAGUCCAGGAAGAAGGCGCAGAAGCCGCUCUAGAAGUCGUUCUAGAAGCAGAAGACGCUCACGUUCCAGAUCAAGGAGGUCAAAGUCAAAAUCUUCAAAAAGUCAUGAUAAAUCAAAGGACAAGAAAGAAGAUAAGAAAGACUCCAAAAAAGAGAGCUCAAAGAAGGAUAAAGAGGCUGACAGUGAGACCAAAGCAGACAGCUCAAGCAAUGCAGAAAAGGAAACCUCUGAUCAAACUGCUAUACAGAACUCUGACACAAAAGAUCAUGACAAAGAUAAAGAUCAAGAUAAGGAUAAGGACAAAGACAAAGACAAAGACAAGGACAAGGACAGGGACAGGGACAAAGAAAAAGACAAAGAUAAAGAUAAGUCUAAAAGUAGAAGUAAGGAGAAAAGUAAAGAAAAGAGUUCUCGUGAGAAAUCAAAAUCAUCAAGAGGAAGAUCAUCAUCACGUUCAAAGUCACGACAUCGAUCUCCACGGAGAAAAAGCCGUUCGCCAAGGAAGAAAAGCCGAUCUCCUUCUCGAAGAAAAAGCCCAUCUCGACGUAGAAGUUCAUCUCGGUCCCGCAGAAAAAGUCGGUCACCUCGCAGAAGUCACAGCAAACAUUCACCAUCACGUAAGCGGUCCCGAAGUCGCUCAAGAUCCAGAAGAGAUUCUGACAAAAAGAGAGAGAAAGAAAAGAGCAGUGAUGACAGGAAAGACAAAGACAAAGAUAAAGACAGAGAAAGCGAUAGGGACAAAAAGAAGAAAGAUAAGAAAGAACACUCGGAGAAAGAAAGUGAUUCAAAAGUUCCACGGAACUAUGAUGAGGAGGAAGAAGGUUUUGAUACAAAUGAACAGGAUAAAGGGGAUAAAAGUGACAAGAGUAAUACAAAAGCUGUUGAACAGAGCAACACUGGAGAAAAAGUUGCUAACAAAGGUGUUUCAGAAAAUGUGGGUGAUGGAAACUCCUCUCAGGCUGAUGGACUAUCGGAUGGAAAGGAUAGUAGAACUCCAAAUGGGAAGGUACAGCAAAGGGAGAUGCAGGAGGCGGGACAAAGUGAUGCAGAUGAUAUGGACAUUUCUACUUCUCCUUAGCGUUUUCGGUACAUCCAUAGCUGUCUGUGAAAUGGAAAAAAUAUACAGCAGCUUGAACAUUUUGUGAGGAACUACAUGCUUACUGUAAAAUUAUGUGCAGUUUGUUAGAAAGUGAUAAAAUUUUUCUUAUAUGUAUUCUUACAUAUUUGUAAGUUAAAGGAAUUCAUUCAACCUCAAAAAUGGUACUGUUCCACUUUUUUCAUAUUUUUGUUGCUUUUAAGUGAUGUGCUGUAGAAUAAAAGGAGGAUUCUAUUGUAUUUCUGAUACGCAAUGCACCUAUAAAGAGGUUGAGCCAGUAGUUGGAAGCUUUUUGGGUCUUACUUCAUUUGUAAUUUAUUACUGUGCUAUUCAUAACUGAAUCUUUCAAUACUGCAACAGAUGAGGCGCAUAUUUCAGUUUUCAGUUGAUUAAUGUGUUUUGCAUGUGUAUACAAUUGAUUAGUAAUAAUCCACUUGGUUUUAUUCUGUGUUUAAGAAUACCAAAUUGUGAAUUACUAAAGAAGCUGGAAUGGAUCAGUGAUACUUUGGUUUUGUGUUUUAUAUACACCAAAAACAUUUUAUGAACACUGUGUAAAUUGGUGCGAGCACUGUGAAUAAAAUGGGCUGUAAAAAAGUCUAAACAUCUAAAUGAGAUUGAAAAUGUUGAAUUUUUUAGUUUUACACCAUUUUUUUAAUAAGAGAAAACUAGAUAGCAUGUUAUUGUGACAUCUUUUUGGUUUAGGGCAUAAAAUUUGCUGCAUAAAGUGUCAGUGAUGGAUGUAUGUAUUUGUAUACUACUAAAAUCGGUCAGAAUGUAAUUACUCUGUAAAACAUUAAAAUUCUAUUAAUGUUUCUAUAGAUUUUACCAGGGAUCCCUUGAAGAAAUUCUGUGGCACCUAUUUGUGGUUUACCUUAUAUGUGACAGUACAAGUAACAUGCUAAAAAUAAUACAAAAUAUGGUAAUUUUAUGUUAAAAAUUAGUUUUUUGUGAAAGAAUUUAUAGUCAAGUUGUAAAUAUGAAUUGAAUAUAAACUGUAAAAUUUUGUGAUAUGAAAUUCCAUUGCUGUAUAUAAAUAACACACUUUUGUAUGUAAAUAUUACAUUUCUGGUGAAGAAAAUGUUUAUAAACUUAAAGAGGAGAAAGAAUUUUAAUGCUACAGAGAGAUUAGUGAAAAUAAUUUGGAGUCACCUAGUCUGAAGUGGAUUGUUAGAAAUGCAACUGCAACAUUAGACUCAUUAUGUAUUGACCAUACAUAUGUAGAUUGUUGAAAUUGAGAGAAUAUUUGAGAUGAAGCACAAUAAUAAUACAAGUAGUCAUUGAUGAUUUAAAUGGUAACGUUGGAGGAGUUUCAGAUUUAAAAGAUUUGGCUAGCAAUAUACCUAUUUCCUAUCUUCACAAGUUAUGGUACCAGAUGGUAGUGAACUGGACACUUAUAGACUUCAGCAGAUUAAGAGGCUCAUUGUAGACUUCAGCAGAUUAAGAGGCUCAUUGUAAAAGAGGGAUCUGAUAUUUGAAGAUAUGUCCUACCAUUAAGGUAGUGUUGGUAUUUUGCAGGCAUUCUGAUACUUGGAAAAAGAUUGAGAAGUUGCAAUAAUCAUACUUUUAAUCAUUGUGCACCUAGGUGACAUAAUUUCUGUUUACGUGGUCCCUGUGAGUCCAUAACUACAUGAAACAUUAGUGUGCCUCAUUAGUACUUCAUUGUAUAAGACAUACUUUGUGCAUAGGAAUAUUAUUUACAUGUCAAAACCCCUCCAGAUGAUUACCUUGCGGACACUUGUUGUCUCUGACAUCCCUAUUCAUUGGUAUGAGAGAGAGAGAGAGAGAGAGAGAGAGAGAGAGAGAGAGAGAGAAGGGGUCAAUCAUCAUGAACAUUUAAUAUUAUCUGUGUAACUGCUAUUUGUACUUAGCAGAUUUACUUAAAUGAAAUAUUGAAAUACUGUGUUUGAGCAUAGAGUUCUGUGUAGGAUCAAUCCCCCUCUGUAAGAUGUGGAAGGAGGAAUAAGUUUACCAUCUCAGAGGUACAGAAGCUAUUAGGAAAUAUUUUCUGAAGACAUUUGUGGGGAAUGAAACUUUAUGUUGAAGUGAAUGUGAACAAUAAGUAGUUCAGACAAGAAGAGGUUAGAAGCUUGUGAAAUGUGGCACAGACAAAUUAUAAAGAUUAGAUGGUCAGGUUGAAUAACAAAUGUUUAGGUACUGAAUUUAAUGGAAGGAAAAAAAAUGUGUGGCACAAAUUGAGUGAAGGAAGAUUGUUUGAUAGGACACUUCCUCAGGCACCAAGAAACCAUCAAUUUGUUAUUGGAAGAAAGAUAUGUGUUUGGGGGAGGGAGGGGGGGGGGGGCAAGGCUUGUGUACAUAAGCAUGUUCAGAUGAAUUUAGGAUGCAUUUGUUAUGUAAAGAUGAAGAGGCUUGCAUUGAAUCGAGUAGGGGGGGAGCUAUAUUGAACCAAUCUAGAUCUGAAGAAGAAGAAGACAGAAGUGUGUUGUGGCUUAUGAUUUGUGUCUGUUUCAUAGUCAGAAUUUAGUGUAUGAUGAAGUAUAUUUAGUUCAGUUCCAUCCCACCCCUCCCACUGGUGUAUGUGUGUGGGGAUGACUGUCAGUUAACAAUUGACUGAAGGUGAGUGCCUGGUUGUGAGACUUCUCUGACAUGGUAGGCACUGACCACCAUUACACUUUUUUCACACUGUGACCUCUCCUGGGUCCAAUUGUUAGUACUCUUCCAUCCUCUUUCAGUUGAACUUGACAGCUCCCAUUGACACUUUUUGGCCUAUGUGGUCACUGUGUGUUUAUGUCCUUAAAGGCGGAGAAUGGGAAAGUGUCUGGGUGUCCUUCCAUGUCAUGCUGAAUGGAGCAGAUGUUUUUUUUGGUGAGGAAAGUAAGGCCUUUAACAUCUGCUUAUGGUGCUGAUGUCUGGUUAUCAGUUUGCACACGUCAUGCCUAAUUGGGGUGGUUGUUGCAGAAUUGGUAAUAGCUGGAUGGUAGGUAGAAAGUAUACUUCUGUUAUAUGCAGUUGUUAGUUAUUUUGAUUAUGUCAGCAUUUUUGCAUGCUGCUGCUGACAGUGCAGCAGUCCCUGGCUCAAUCAACAGAAGAGACAUCAACUUAAGUCAUACUGCAUGACUGGAAAAUAUUUGGCUUACUACUGAACAAAAAUUUUUAAAUUUGUAGAUUUACCUCUUGCAGUUUUGAUCAUAAUCAUACCAAUCUUGUAUAGGAUUUUUUACGUACAUGAUUGACAACAGUUCCUUCAGCAGCUCCAAGAAGACACAUAGAGAACAGUUUUACAUAAUAGAAAGUAGCCAUGUGUAUGGGGAAAAGCACUACAUAGUUCGUGAAAUUGAAUUUUGUUGAAAUUUCGCAUAACUCUUUUUACAAGUGGAGUUUUAUACACUAACACCAUGACUGGUUUGUCCAAAUGUCUGUAGGGGCUAACUCUCAAAGUGUCGCAAGGACAAUUUUGAGGAAUAGUUUCAGACAGGCUUGUGGACCUUACUGUGCAUUUAGUCCGUUUACAGAGAAAUGUACAUUUAGCUGGUUGUGCAGAACCAACAGAAUGGGCCAGUCUUUUGUACCAGCCAGUUCCUUCCAUCCCACCUUUACUUGGUGAUGUAGUUGAAUGUCAGAUUAAUAACAUGGAGUUACGGGAAUUUAAGAUUUUUCCAUGGUGUUUAGCAUGAAUUUAACUUCUUGAAAAGUUUUGUCUGUGAAUUCCGUCAAAUAGCAACAUUGUAUAGUUUACGCAAUAAACCGUAUGUUGUACAUGUUAACAGUCGAAAUUGGUUCAGACAAUGAAGCAAAUCAAGGGUACACUAUAUUAAUUUUUUAAAUCAUGUCCAGUAAACGUUAUUAAUGACAAUUUGUGUUCAUGGACAAGGUAGAGACCAAAGUCCAUAACAGCGGAAGACAAGUAAUACUUGACAGUGAAUCAUGUUCUGCUUCAUAAUAAUUGCACCUCCACAGAAUCUCCCCAGCAAACAAUGGAAUGGUAUUCAGGUUUCCCAUUCUAGUAUUCACUUGUUUAUUUCAUCUUGCAUUGGUUUGAAUUAUUGUGUCAAAGUAUCAGAGCAGAGCUACUGCCUCUGACGAUCUGUUACUGACAAUAAGGUAAAAGACAGUUAACAUCUAAUCAUGAAAAUUGCAUUGUAUUUCUUUAUGCUUAAUCAGCUGAAUAGUGCUUUAUGUCUUAAAUAUAACUAUAGUUAGUUCUCUUAAUGCAUUGACGUAAUGUCAGAGAUUUAAUUGUUCGAAGAUCACUUCAUUAAACAUCGGUUGUGUGAGUAAGGUAUAUCAUGUUAAUUGUCUCAUUGUAAUUCAGAUUUGAACCAUGUCAAAGACUGGUAGUUUUUUUUACUGGGUUUGGUCACAUUGGAGGUGGUAUGCCCUUAACUUCCUCCAGUCUUUGAAUUACUUAGCCAGCUAAUUACGGAGUGACCUACAGUUCAACAUGAUUCUAAGUGACAUUACAAUUUAGAGAAAUCUAAGACUGAACUGUAGAUCGAAUCCUAAGCCAUAGGAUUUGCAGUCUGUGCGUAUUGAGUCACCUAGUUUAACAGUAUACAACAUCAUGGCACUGUAUACAAUUGCUGCCGUCCAAGAUUGUAAUGUUCAUUGAGCUAGAGUACAUUAUCUUGUUAUAUCGUAACCAGAUUGAUUGACUUUUUUGUUUGAUCCUAUUCAGUUACAUUAUGUGCAGAGUACUUGCGUGUAAAAUAGGACUAGUAACUAAAUCUUGUCUUAGGCUGUGCAAUGCAAUAUAAAACAUCAUGUUGACAAAUAUGAUAGUUAUGUUGUAUACAUUUUUCUCUUGAUUUAUAUCUAGAUCGUGAAGUUAUUUUCAUUCUCUUUAAUACAGGUUGCUACAGUACAUGCAGGUAAUAAAAAUUUCUCAUUAUUUACACAUCUACUCCUCUACACUAUAAAAUUCUUUUUCCAUUAAAUAAUCCUUGUGAAGUUUCUGGUAUAUGCUUUCACUUGUACUCUCCUAUAGACUCGAGGACCUUUUUUCAACAAUUCUGUCUCUGUGGUAUAUUUCUCCACAGGUCUUUAUUUCUUGUGUUAUAUGAAUGAACAUCCGUAUUUUUUCCUGGUAUUCAUUUGCCAUAGAUUAAUAAUAUUAUUGUCCUGUAUAAGUACACGUGGAAAUAUUAUAAUUUUAGCUUAUCAAUGGUAGUUUUACAUGAGUCACUCUGUUUUUCUUUCAUUGUAGUUCUAAAGGCCUUUUUUUAGUACAAAAAUUAUUUUCCUAUUGUUGGUGGUGGAGUUUCCCCAAAAAGUUAUUCAGUACUGUAAGUAUGGUCCAAAAAGACGAUGGAACACUAGCCUGUAUACAAGUUAUUCGUUGGAAUUAUGUACAGGCUGUUUCAUAAUAUAUAUUACCGUGGUUAAUUUACAGCAGACAUUGUCUGUAUGUUGUCUCCAUUGGAGCUUGUCACAUGUAACUCCCAAAAAAUUUAUAGAGAUAGCUUCUUUCAGUCUUGUUUCAUCUAUGAGUAUAUCUGUGACAUUCCUUUUCUCUGUUCAUGAAUAUUGUCUCUCUUAGGUUUUUAGUUAAGUAAUUAUGUAUAAAACACUGCACUGUUAUUUGUUGAAAUAAAUCUUCUUCUUUC